AUGGCUGAUACGGUGGCUGCUUUGGACGAGUGUUUGACGUCAACCCGAGGUAAGGUUGAUAGAAUACGACAAGCUAUUGAUGCUGCCGAUGCUGAUCACGCAUAUGAUGAUUUCAACGGAUUCCUCAAUCGGAUCUACCUAGUUGAUCCGACGAAAAGGGAAACGUUUGAGCCCAAGUUUAUAGAUUUUGAGGAGCUGUAUCAGUUUGUGCGUAUUUCUUUGUCGGAAAUGAUACAGCAGCAUGAAGAUGAGCAAAAAUCUGUAGCUGAUCUAGUCGUGGCUAAACAACUGGAAAGUGCAAAGGCUAACUCUAUUAGCAGACUUGGCGGCAGUGGAACGACAGCUCCAGUUCAAUUAUUGCCAUCUCUUUUACUCCAACAAACUCCGCUACCAACCUUUGAUGGUAGCUAUGAAACCUGGUAUAAGUUUAGAGAUCGGUUCACAGAUGUAGUGAACAAAUGCACCGGGGAUUCUCCUGCCACGAAGUUGCACUUUCUCGACAAGGCUCUAAUAGGGAAAGCUAAAGGAGCCAUUGAUCAACAGACGUUGAACGAUAAUAACUAUGAGGGAGCUUGGAGAAUACUCGCAAAAAGGUUCGAGAAUUUGCGCAGGGUCGUCCAACCUCAUAUUGGACAGUUGCUAUCGUUAAAGUCGAUGGUUAAGGGUUCUCAUGCAGAACUGACAAGUUUGCUUGAUGCGAGGCUUGAUGUCGUUGAAAAGCGACUGGAAUCACUCGAGUUCCACAAUCUGAAAAUGCAUGACAAAUUAUCAGAGGCAAUGAUUGUAAACUUGGUUAUUUCCAAGCUCGAUAUUGACACUCGCAAGGCUUGGGAAGCGACAGUAGAGCAUGGUGAGCUGCCAGAGUACAGAAAAACCAUGGAUUUUCUUCGACAGCAUUGUUAUAUGCUAGAGCGGUGUGAACAGUCGUUGGGACAAGGAAAAACAAAGAAUGUCGCGCUUAAUCCUCGGAUUCCUGCUGUCACCAACAAGGUGCACACAGCUACAGUUCAUCAAGAAACCUGUUGUCUGGUGUGCAAUGCCGAUCACCUGAUCGAGAUGUGCGACACGUUCAAAGGGUUGAAUGUCAACAAUCGAUACACGAAAGCGAAACAAAUUGGAUUAUGUUUUGCUUGCCUGAAACGAGGACAUCGUACAGCAAACUGUAAGAUCGAUAGCAGCAAACUGUGUUUGUGUAAAAGGAAACACCAUCCGCUCAUGCACUACGAAGUGAAGAAGGAGUCUACUGAGACGGCGACGGGCAAUGCUGAGACAAGAUCAGUAACUGAAGGUUCCGGUUCAUCAGGUGGAGAACAAAUUGUGGCUAGGUGUGAAGUUCCUGUUGUUCCGAAUCGUUCGGUGAAGCAAGUACUGUUGGCGACUGCAAUGGUUGAUAUUUUCGAUAGUAGAGGUGUAGCGCACAGGUGCCGUGCGUUGCUUGAUUCUGGUGCGAUGGCGAGUUUCGUGUCAGAAAGAACGUGUGAUUUGCUGGGUUUGCGCAAGGAAUGCGUGAACGUUCCAGUUGUUGGCGUUAACGGAGCUAAGACAAUUGUGAGGUUCAACAUUAAUGCCAUUGUGAAAUCCAGAACGACAGAAUGCAGUUUCUCCCUGGAUUGCCUGGUGGUGCCUCGAGUGACUGGAGCAUUACCAUCGUUGAAACUAGACGCAACUAGUUGGCCGAUACCGAAAAAGUUGAAGCUAGCGGAUCCAAAGUUUUUCAAUCCGAGUCGCAUUGAUUUGCUAAUCGGAGCCGAGAAAUUCUAUGAGUUGCUUCAGGAUGGGAAGAUUCUUAUGUCAACAGAUCUUCCGUUGUUGCAAGAAAGUUUGUUGGGAUGGUUGGUUGCCGGACCAGUAUACAACGUUCCAAAUGUUGUUAGCGUUCAGGGUUACCAAGCUGAAUCUGUGGAUGGGCCUAUGAAACGAUUGGAAGAAUUGAUGAGGCGUUUUUGGACGAUUGAAGAUCAAACGUACGAUCCGUUAGAGAACGAUGAUUGCGAGCGUCACUUCAAAGCUACUUAUGCUCGAGCGGAAGACGGGAGGUUCGUGGUACAAUUACCUUUUCGUGAAGGUGUGGGUAGCUUAGGAGAAUCUCGUAACCAAGCAGAGAAACGCUUCAAAGCACUGGAAAACCGACUGGAUAGAAAUCCAGAAAUGAAGAAGAUGUAUUCCGAUUUCGUACAUGAGUACCUAGAUCUCGGACACGCGAAGAUUUUGAAUGAAGAUGAGAUUAAGGUCAAUGGAGCAUAUUACCUUCCGCACCAUUGUGUGUUGAAGCCAGAUAGUUCGUCGACGAAAUUACGAGUGGUGUUCGAUGCAUCCGCAAAAACCACAACGAGCUUAUCGCUUAACGAUGUGUUGAUGGAGGCACCUGUCGUGCAGAGCCCAUUGUUUGACAUCGUGUUGCGGUGGAGAUUGCCGAAGUACGCUUUCACUGGAGAUGCUAAGCAGAUGUAUAGGCAAGUUGUGAUGCAUGCUGCUCAUACGAAAUACUUGAGAUGUCUAUUUCGGGAUGACCGGACGCAACCAAUAUUGGAUUUGGAGUUGCUCCGAGUAACAUACGGUGUUGGUCCAGCUGGAUUCUUGGCCACGCGAUCGUUGGUACAACUGGCGAAGGAUGAACAGAAUGAUUUUCCGGAUGCUUGUGAGGUUGUUUUGAAGUCGUUCUAUGUAGAUGAUGCACUUACCGGAGCAGAUUCGCUAGAGAAGGCACGGAAGCUGCGUGAAGAUUUACAAGUUUUACUGGGAAGAGGAGGCUUCAAACUACAUAAAUGGUGUGCAAACGAUCCUGCGAUUCUUGAAGGAGUUCCGUCAAAAGACCGUGAGAAGCAACUGCGCUUCGAAGAAAGUGAUGUGAACGGUGUGAUAAAAACCCUCGGACUCUUGUGGGACCCAGUGAGUGAUAACUUUGUAUUUCGAGUGAAACCGAUGGUGGAGUGUGCGGCACCGCAAACCAAGAGACAAGUGCUUUCCGAGAUCGCAAGACUCUUUGACCCUCUCGGUGUGUUGGGUCCAGCAAUAGUGUUAGCGAAGAUAGUAAUGCAACAACUAUGGAGGAAGAAAAUCGAUUGGGAUGAGCCGAUUCCCAUUGAAGAGUUCAGGGUGUGGAACAAAUUAAGAUCCGAGUUGUGUGCAAUAAACAACAUGAAGAUACCUCGUCGCGUUACCGUUGAUAAUCCGUCGGUGUUCGAGUUGCACGGGUUUUCGGACGCUUCGCAAGCAGCAUAUGGUUGCUGUGUGUACUUGCGUAGCGUGACCGUUGAUGGCAUCGUUGAAGUAAAGCUACUGUGCGGCAAAUCGAGAGUUGCACCGCUUAAGGAGCUGAACCGUAAGGAGAAGAAAGGAGCACCACCGGAAGAAUUAACCACGCUGAGAUUGGAGCUGUGUGCAGCUGUACUACUAGCUAGACAAAUGAAAACAGUGCGCGAAACCUUGAGUAUCGACAUUUCGCGUGUCGUGCUAAGGUCCGAUUCGAGUAUAGUGAUUUGUUGGAUUAGGAAAUCGAAGCCUAACCAACCAGUGUUCAUCCGCAAUCGGAUUGCGGAGAUUCGCGAACUGACCAUCGAUGCUGAUUGGUUGCAUGUUGGAACGAAAGCAAAUCCAGCGGACUUGGUGUCGAGAGGUGUACUACCUUUGGAAUUAACGAAAAGUGACUUGUGGUGGAAUGGACCGGAAUUUCUUCGAUCAAGUGUAGUUGAUGAAACAGUAAAUGAAGAAACCGAAGACUUGAGUGAAGAGACGAUUUCAGUGACUGUAGUUACAGUGCCCGAUGAAGGAUUGUACGAAGUGAUUCAGAACAGUAGUAACUUUCGCCGACUACAAAGAGUGUUCGGUUACGUAACCCGGUUUAUCCGUAAUUGUCGUGCAAAGCGAAACGAAUCAGAAUUUCGUCGUGGAAGAUUGAACAUUGCAGAUUUUCGUGACUCACUGUACACUAUGGUGAAGAUUGUACAAAAUGCAGUGUAUCGCGAUGAAAUUAGAAGCGUCUUGAAAGGUGAACCGGUGAAGGGUAAGUUACGAAAUUUGAAUCCUGUUUUUGAUAAGACGGAGAGAUUGCUGCGUGUGGGUGGUCGAAUCAGGAAUGCCAUACUACCGCUCGAUCAGAAACAUCCAUUGAUAUUGCCGGAGAAGAACAACUUUACUGAUAUUGUCAUCGAAGCAAUCCACCGUGAAGAACUACAUGUCGGUCUAAAUGGAUUAUUGGCUAAAAUCAGGCAACAAUUUUGGCCAGUAAAUGCGAAGCGUACGAUCAAACGCGUCCUAGGGAAGUGCAUCAAAUGCUUCAGACUAAAGCCGAAGGAUGUACAGCAGUUUAUGGGUGAUUUGCCGAUUGCACGCGUCACCGCUGCUCAGCCUUUCGCUAGAACGGGAGUAGACUACGCAGGCCCUUUUUUGUUGAAGCAAGGUCGGUCGAAGACACCGAUCAAGUCGUACGUUAGUGUUUUCGUCUGUAUGACUACUAAGGCGAUACAUUUUGAGCUUGUGAGUUCCUUAUCUGCAGAGGGAUUCUUGGGGGCAUUGCACCGCUUCGUUGGACGCCGUGGGAACGUCAGUGAGAUGUUUUCUGAUAAUGGAACCAAUUUUGUCGGCGCUGAGCGACAAUUGGCCGAAUUGCGAGAGUUGCUGAAAUCUCAAUUGCUGGAGAACAAGCUUGAAGAUUUUUGUCAGCCUCGUGGAAUCUCGUGGAGUUUCAAUCCACCGAAGGCUCCGCACCAAGGUGGACUUUGGGAAGCCGGAGUAAAAAGUAUGAAGAGUCAUCUGUAUAAGGUGAUGAACGAAUCGUACUUCACCUAUGAAGAGAUGACAACAUUGCUGAUUCAGAUUGAAUCCAUCCUAAAUUCAAGGCCUAUAAUACCACAAAGCGACGAUCCGAUGGAUUAUGAUGCGUUAAGUCCUGGUCAUUUCCUGGUUGGCCGAGAAUUGACAGCUAUAGCCGAACCGUUCUACGAUGGUCUCAAGGAAAAUACGUUGUCUCGUUACCAAUUGAUCCAAAAACGAAAGCAAUCGUUUUGGCGAAGAUGGUCAUGUGAGUAUAUAACCGGACUACAGAAGCGCAGCAAAUGGAACAAAACUCCCACGUUGCUUCGUGAAGGACUGUUGGUGAUAAUGAAAGAUGAUAAUUUGCCACCGCAAACUUGGAAACUGGGGCGUAUUAUCAAAACUCACCCUGGAAAUGAUGGUGUUGUUCGGGUAGUAACCGUACGAACUAACAAUGGCACGUACAAGCGAUCUACAACGCAAAUUGCUGUUCUACCCAUAGAAGAUGCAGAACGGACCAGCCAAACGGAUAAGUUGAGCCAUCCGGCUCCUGGGGGAGGAUGUUAA